CUCUCCCUCUCUCUCUCUCUCUCUCUCUCUCUCUCUCUCUCUCUCUCUCUCUCUUCCGUGGAUUUCGAUAACAUUUGAACGCCGGUCACGGUGGAGCUGCGGCCGAGAAGAACUCUGUUGGAAGAUCAGCGUCGGAGAUUCCUCGCGUCUUGGCAUGAACCAUUUUGGCUCGGGAGCUUUUUUGGGAUUUGAAAGUGUGUGCCUUUGUGGUUCUUUUCUCCAGUAAUGGGUUCAAAAUCGUACGGAAAUCUUUUCGAUUUGGCUUCCGGUGAUCUUUUGGAUAUUCCUCAGACACCGAGAGCUCUUCCAAGAGUGAUGACUGUUCCCGGAAUCAUCUCUGAUGUGGAUGAAUAUGGCGUCAAUGCUGGUGAUUCAGACAUCAGUUCAUUGCGUCCACGUGAGCGGAAGAUCAUAGUAGCUAACUUUCUUCCUCUGAAUGCAAAAAGGGAUUUGGAAACUGGAAAGUGGGGAUUCAGCCCAGACAAAGAUUCUAUCUUGCUGCAUCUCAAGGAUGGCUUUUCUUCUGCCACAGAAGUCAUAUAUGUUGGAUCACUUAAGGUUGAUGUAGAUGUUAGCGAGCAAGAUGAAGUUUCCCAGAAACUUCUAGAGGAAUUCAACUGCAUACCGACAUUUCUGCCACAAGACGUGCAGAAAAAAUUCUACCUUGGCUUCUGUAAACAGCAUAUGUGGCCGCUGUUCCAUUACAUGCUACCCAUGUGCCCCGAUCAUGGUGAUCGUUUCGAUCGUGCUCUUUGGCAGGCAUAUGUUUCUGCCAACAAAAUAUUCGCAGACAAGGUGAUGGGAGUGAUUACUCAGGAGGAAGAUUAUGUCUGGAUUCAUGACUAUCAUCUAAUGGUUCUCCCAACGUUUCUGAGGAAGCGUUUUCACAGGGUUAAGCUUGGUUUCUUCCUCCACAGUCCAUUUCCUUCGUCAGAAAUUUAUCGAACCUUGCCUGUUCGAGAGGAAAUACUUAGGGGACUCUUAAAUUGCGAUCUUAUUGGUUUUCACACCUUUGAUUAUGCACGCCAUUUCUUAUCGUGUUGCUGUAGAAUGCUUGGAUUGGGCUAUGAAUCUAAGAGAGGACAUAUUGCUGUUGACUACCUAGGCCGUACAGUUUAUCUUAAGAUUCUUCCUGUCGGUAUCCACAUGGGUAGGCUGGAAUCGGUUCUGAAUCUUCCAUCUACUGCUGAAAAAAUGAAAGAGAUCCAACAGAAGUAUCGAGGUAAAAAGGUAAUUCUUGGUGUCGAUGACAUGGACAUAUUUAAAGGUAUAAGCCUAAAAUUAUUGGCCUUGGAGCAGCUCCUACGGCAAUAUCCUAGUAUUCAAGGUAAAAUAGUCCUUAUUCAGAUUAUCAACCCGGCCAGGGGAUCGGGUAAGGAUGUCCAAGAAGCAAAAAAGGAGACAUACUCUACCGUCAAAAGGAUCAACGAGCGUUAUGGUUCACCUGAUUAUGAGCCUGUUGUUCUGAUUGAUCGUCCUGUUCCCCGGUAUGAGAAGUCUGCCUAUUAUGCACUGGCAGAAUGCUGUAUAGUUAAUGCAGUGAGGGAUGGGAUGAACUUAGUUCCGUACAAGUACAUUGUUUGCAGACAGGGAACUCCUUGUAUGGAUCAAGCCUUGGGAAUUAGUGCGGAUACUCCUCGAACAAGCACACUUGUCGUGUCUGAGUUCAUGGGUUGUUCACCAUCUCUGAGUGGUGCAAUCAGGGUUAAUCCAUGGAAUAUCGAUGCUGUAGCCGAGGCGUUAUUUUUGGCGGUCACUAUGUCUGAUUUGGAGAAGCAGCUACGGCAUGAAAAGCACUAUAACUACGUUAGUUCGCACGAUGUGGCUUACUGGGCGCGCAGCUUUUCGCAGGAUUUAGAGAGGGCGUGUCGUGAUCAUUACAGCAAACGGUGCUGGGGAGUGGGUUGGGGUCUUGGGUUUAGGCUCGUGUCUCUUUCCCCUAAUUUCAGGAAGCUGUCCACUGAAAAUGUCGUUUCUGCAUAUAGAAGAUCGAGCAGUAGGGCGAUAUUUCUUGACUAUGAUGGCACUCUAGUCCCCGAAACAGCAAUUGUCAAGUCCCUGAGCCCGGAGGUUGCAUCUGCAUUGGAGAUCCUUUGCAGUGAUCCUAAAAACACUGUAUUUGUUAUUAGUGGGAGGGGUAGGGCAUCGUUGACUGAGUGGCUUUCACCAUGUGAGAAUCUUGGAAUAGCUUCCGAGCACGGGUAUUUCAUAAGGUGGAGCAAUUCAUCUGACUGGGAGACAAGCGGGUUUUCUGAAAAUCUUGAAUGGAAGAAAAUCGUGGAACCGAUUAUGAGAGUAUAUACAGAGACCACAGAUGGAUCAAAUAUAGAGCCGAAAGACAGUGCUCUGGUAUGGCAUCAUCAAGAUGCGGAUCCAGACUUUGGUUCUUGUCAAGCCAAGGAGCUAUUGAACCACCUAGAAGCCGUUCUUGUGAACGAACCCGUCGUAGUAAACAGAGGCCGCAACAUUGUGGAAGUUAAGCCACAGGGAGUAAGCAAAGGAGUUGUCACGGAGAAAGUUCUGAACAGGAUGUCUGAAAAUGGGAACCCACCGGAUUUCGUGGUAUGCAUAGGGGAUGACAGGUCGGAUGAAGAUAUGUUCGAGAGCAUCACAAGCACUCUCACGGCCCGAUCCUCACCCGUUUCUUCUCCGGAGAUAUUCGCCUGCACGGUAGGGAGAAAGCCGAGCAAAGCAAAGUACUUCUUGGACGACGUAUCCGACGUGGAGAAACUUCUUCAAGGCCUUGGUAAUGCUUCGAAUGCAAAGCCCAGGUACUCUACUCCCUUGAAAGUUUCCUUUGAAAGCACUGCCUGAUCAAUGAGGACAUUAUGGAAAGAGAACUAUACUUGGACUGAUACAUUCGGUGUUUGUUUCUGUACAUACAAAAUUCGUAAUCUCCUUUGCUUGUCAAUUUGAUAUCUGGUAAAAAAACUGAAAGAAACCCAGGAUUUAGGUCUCCAUGUGAGAAUGAGAGAGAGAGAGAGAGAGAAGAAGGAAAACAGUAUGGACAGGUCCACACACACACACACACACACACUUAUAUAUAUAUAUAUAUAUAUAUAGCAAGAACAAGAUCUGCUGUUUUGUUGAGUCAUAUGUAGUUCUGUCUUGCCUGAGGAUGAUAUUUGCAUCGUUGAGUUUCUGUCCCCCUUUGGUUUGUAUAUGGUGUUGUGUGUAAACUACUCUCUUAAUUCAUCUUCUCUCUCCUCUUAAAUCUCAUUUUGUUUCCAUCUGUUUACAUGUAUACAUAUGUGCACAUAUACACACAUGCAUGCAUGUAUGCAUGCAUAUAUGUAUGGUGAUGGUGUGUUUGGGGUUAUCUCUCA